GAAGAUAUAUUGUUGAAAAGUGAGGUUAGAAGUUAUGUUAUUGCUUUUUGGCCUUGUUUAAACUUGAAAUAUUUUAAAUGAUAUUUUGAUCAAAUUUAAAAUAGAAGUUAAGUUGACUUAUUUCAAAAUGGAUAAAUCUGAGGAUUCUGUUAAGAAAGUUAUAACAGAUGAAGAAAGAUUGCAGUUGGCUGCUAAACUUGAUAAAGAGUUGGAUGAGUUCAUCGAAAAACUGCCGAGAAAAAAAUAUGAAGAUGGAUGGCCUGAAGAUCGUUGGGAGGAGGAAAUGGAAAAGCAUCCCUUCUUCAUGAAAGAACCUCCUAAACCUGGGCAAGAGCUUCAUCCUUUAUACGAGGGUCUUCAACAGCUUAAAUAUGAUCCAGAGGAAAAUGAACCAGAAGAACUGGCAGUUAGUUAUAAAGAAGAUGGUAAUUUCAAUUUCAAACAUAAGAAUUAUCGAUUAGCAGUUUUGGCAUAUACAGAGGGUAUUAAAAUAAAAUGUGGAAACCAAGAAAUUGAAGCUAGUUUGUUGAAUAAUAGAGCUGCAGCACAUGUUUUUUUGAAAAAUUACAGAUCUUCUCUCCGAGAUUGUGAACUAGCUUUGAAAGUGAAACCCCAUUAUGGAAAGGCUUUAGUGCGAGCUGCAAAUUGUUGUUUUGAAAUGAGACAAUACAAGAAGGCAUUAGAGUUUUGUGAUGAAAUCCUAGAUGAGAAUAAUAAUAAUACAGCCAUUCUGGAUUUACGAUCGAAAUGCAUUAAUAAUAUGAAGGUUCAAGAGAGAGAUGAUAGGAAGAAAAAGAGUAACUUGAAAAAGAAAAUCCAGGGAGAAAAAGUGCUCAUUGAGGAAAUAAUAACUAGAGGAUACAAUGUAGAAAAUGGAGUAGAUGGUAACUCACAAAAUAUUAACUUAUGCUUAAGUAAGAUUGAUUCCAACCAUUGGAUGGGAAAACACUUUGGUAACCUAUCCAUAGACAAGUUGGAGCCACACUUUCCAGAACUAGUGAAUAAUCGAGUAUUCUUGAAUGAAUCAAAUAAUUUAGUAUGGCCUAUUGUGUUUGUGUAUCCCGAAUAUAAAAUCAUGGAUUAUGUGCAACAAUUCAAUGAAGAGCAAAUCUUUUCAGAACAGCUAUACUAUGUAUUUGAAAAUUUUCCGGAAUGGGAUCAUGAAAGAAAGUACAAACCAGAUCAUUUGAAUGUUUACUAUGAAACAUCAAAGAAAAAAAUUGUUAAGGUUGAUAUUCAGAAAACUUUGAAAGAUAUCCUGAAAUCAGAUGGGUUUCUCAUUAAAGGAGGCACACCAUCAUUCAUAAUUUUUGUUAAGGAAAGUCAAAUAGAAAAACAAUUUUUAAAGGAAUAUUUGUAACACUCAGGCAGUAUUGAUUUAAUUUUUCAGAUUGUUAUCAUUAAUUUUAUUAUUUUUUUUUACUAUGUGGAAAUAGUACAAUGAUUUUAUAUCUAGUUUAACCUGAUAUUUUGUAUAAUAUAUUUGUUAAAGUUUA